GAAAAAACAAUCGCUUAAAAUCAAGUUCCUGCAUGAAAACUCUUUUUAUUUGUGAAGUGUAUUACAAGUUCGAUGCAACCGAAGAUAAUUUUUUUUUGUUAAGCUAUUGCAUAGAUUUAAUCGCGGCUUCUGAGCGCGGCGACCGAAUCCAGAAAUUCCGUAACGAAAAAAAACCUCACGCUCCACGACACAUGCAUAUGUAUGUACAUAUUAUAUUUCUUUGGCACAUUUGUCUGUAUGUUUACGAAAGCAAAUGCGAGCCAUAUACAUAUGUACAUACAUUCAUAAUAACAAGUGUCGCACGCUUCUUUCGCAUCUCCGUUGUCAGGGUCAACCAAUUUUUUGUUGGUGACAUAUUCACAUGUGUACGCAUAUGUAAGUAUGCAUGCUUAUGCAUUAUUUGUUCGGAAGUGUAUACAAAUACUUAUAUGUAUGUACAUAUAAGUAUAUAUGAAUGUAUGAACUAGAGAUGAGCGAUAUUGUGAUUUUUCGAUAUCUGUGAUUUCAGUGAUUGCUAUUUUUAAAUCACUGUGAUUUUAUAUUGCUAUUGCGAUCGCAACUAAGUUGACGUUCAAACGUCGUUGUUGUUGUUGUAGCGGCAGAUUCUGCCAAUUUGACACUGUUUGGCCGAAUAAAAGUCCGGGUCUGUUCCAUUUACGUAGACCCGACUGUCGUGGGAACGACGGAAACAUUUUGUCGUUAUUGGCGGCAAAUUCUCUUUUGGCUCCUGUAACUCGAGUCAAGUUUUUCCGCCUUUCUUUUCACUACAUUUUCGCAAAUGUUGGAGCGGUUCGGCUACCUGACACUUAGAGCGUAUUGCAUAGUUCAUUUGUAUGUUGGUAUGAUGGUUUCACACAUUUCUUAGAAGGAAUUACCAUUAGUGUGGUUGAUAAUUUGUUUGUUUAGAAUACCCGCUUUUAAUAUUUUCAAGACCAAAUAAUUAACGCGAGUUUCCUAAUCUUUGGGAAAAUAUUAAAAACCCGUAAUUUUUUUAUUCCAUCAUUAUUUCUGAAAUUAAUUAGUUACAACUCUUGUUUUCAUCACAAAAAGAUCACAGUUUCGAAUUGCGAUCGCAAUUCACAGGUUCGAACUGCGAUCACAGUUUCGAAUUGCGAUCGCAAUUCACAGGUUCGAACUGCGAUCGCAAUCGCAGUUCAUAGAAGCGAACUGCUAUUUAUAAAAAGUGAUCGCAGUUGCGAUUUGCGAUUUUUCAAUCACAGUGAAAAAAUCACCGGUAGUGAAAUAUCGCUCAUCACUAGUAUGAACUUAUGUAUAUGGCUCGCAUAUGCAUUCGUCAAAAGUGAAACAAAAUAUAAACAAGCAAAACGAAAUUCUUCGUUAGGAGUGUAAUCAUGGGCAUGCAUACUCGCCUAUUACACACGGCAACAAAAGUUGCGGCAACUCUUGGUUUAUAGGCGAGGGGGCGACGAGGAGAGGAGAAUCGCGCCGAGUUUCCAGUGUUCAGCAACUCGCUUUGUGUUCUUAUUCGUAACAGUUCGCUGCGACGUUUUUCGGCAUUCGUGUUCUUUCUUUCGUAGUACAUAGUUGCAUUUGCGUAUAUUUUUUUGAAAUUAAUAUUUUGAAUAUAUUUAAAAAAUUUAAUUUCAUCUUUUGGUAAGUAAUUUGCAAAUAUGUAUACAGAUAUACAUAAUAUAAUAUAAAUAUUUUAGAAAAUGGAGUAUGACGAAAAAAUCGAAUUAAUUAAAGAUAUUGUGAAAUGUAUGGAGGAAGCCGUACAAGUUGAUUCAGACGAUAGUGAAAAGGGUGAUAUAUGUAUGUGAAGGACUGUUGUAUAAUCUUUGUUUUAAUUUUGAAUUAUAAAUAAAAUGUAUUUCUUAAUUGACAGAACUGAUUAAUGUAUGUGAUAGUGUGGAACAAAUAUCUAUAAGAAAAAUGAAACGACAAUGGGUUAAAGUAAAGAGUAGACAAUGGGUUAAAGUAAACUGAAAGAGAAUGAAAAAAAACUCGAACAGAGUUGCGCAACACAAGUUGCUCGUGUGAAGGUAAUGGGCGACAGCAAAAGAGAAUCGCCCGAGAAUUAGCAACUUUUGUUGCCGCGUCUAAUAAUGGACAUACAUACAUAUAUUUCUGUCUCUUCAUAUUCUCUGCUUCGGCAUAUAUGCCAUGCCAUCAUAUGCCGUAAAUACAUACAUAUAUUUUUUAAGCUAUUUUUUGAAGUGAAACUUCUUUACGCGCGCUUGGCUUGGGGAGUAAGCUGACGAACGCGUUACGAAAAGUGUGAUCAGGCGAGGCGAACGGUAAUUGGUGGGGGAUAUAGGCAAGCGUCAGCAGUGCGCGCGCACAUUUUUCUUUCUUUCUCUUACAGCUGGGAAAUGAAAUAUGUGUAUACUUCAGUCAGUAGUUCGUUUGCGAGUUUACUAGCGUUACGCGAACGGUGAUGGUUUGGUUAUUUUAUUGUAAUUUACUGUAAUUUUAUUGCGUUUUGAACAAUUUUAUGAAUUAAUAUUGUUCAAUACAUUCAAUAUUUUACGUUUAAAGUGAAUAAAAUUGUAAAUUUAUUUUAAAGUUUAUGUUAUGUGAAUUUUCGGGUAAAUAAUAACAAAUUAUGGAGAAAAGUGACACAGACUCCGAGUAUCAAAGCGGUGCUUUAGAACCACCAACUAAGAAGAAAUUACGUACGAAAAUUGUGCACAAAAAGUGUGUGACAACAGAUUCAAGACAAGAUUUUAAACCUAGUGAGACCCAAUCAAUUGAUAAUGAAUCACGAAGAGGUUUACCAUUACAAAUAAUUGGUGACAUCGUGAUUGAACAUGACAAUAAUCAAAUGGAAGUUAAUGAUGGAAAUCUCACUAUAGAUCAUGUACAAAAACCGAGACAAAUGAUUGAAGUUAGGUUGAAUAAAGCGCCAAAAACUUCUGCAGAACGUGGUCGAGAAUUCAGAGCACGAAAAGCACUGCUUAAACAACAAUGUAAGCAACAACAGGAACCAGUCCCUAAACCCUCUGAAAUAACGACAAUAGAAAGGAGAGCAAAGUCUGCAGAGGCAACACGGCGAUGGAGAGAGAAAAAAAAGGCGUUAGUGGGUCAUCAAAAAAAACAGGCGAAAACUGCAGCUCAACGCAUUCGAGAAUACCGAGAGAGAAAGAAAUUAGCAAAGAAAGUACUGUUGGAGCAGCAAAGUCAUCAAGAUUUAGAUGCUGUAGUCAGUACAUCAUCAUCACAAGUGAAUCAAAGGGCUGGUCCAUCAACAAUAAACAGCAUAUCCGCAGAGCUAACUAACAUGGAUUUAGAAGAAAAGCGUAAAGAGCUAAAAAGAAUAAAAAGGCAAAAAAAUCAUAAUGCACGUCAAAGGGCAUAUUAUCAGCGUCAGAAAGAUUUGAAGAAAAAUGAAGAAAUAAAAAAAGAAAUAAAAAUAAUGAAAACAGCACCAAAAUCAAAAUCAAAUGCUGAACGUCAAAGGAAAUUUCGUCAACAUAAUGCAGAAAAAUCUUACAUGGAUAUAAAAAGACAGGAAGAAAUACUUGCAGCUGAUAUGAAAGCAAACAGAAAUAUGGAGUCAGAAACAGAAUUGAAGACGAUUGACAACAGUGAAGACAUUGCUGAAGACACUGAGAAACCUACCACUUUAAAUACUUUACGCACAAAAUCACAUCAAAUAUGUUCAACAAAUGCUGCUACAAUUACUUUAACGACAACAGGAUGUAUGACGGAACGUAAGAAGGCGACACCCUAUGAAAACUUAUCAUCAGAAGAAAAGGGUUUGAAAGCAUUUUUUGACGCAAUGUUAGGUGCAACACAACGGUUACCUGAAUUUCAUCAACGUCGUAUUAAAGGGGAUUUGGUGAAAGCGUUACGACAUCAAGGAGUCAACAUAACGGAAUAGUUGGUUUUGUUGUUGUUGUAGCGGCAAAAAGCUGCCGAAUUGAUAGUCCAUCGUCGGAUGAAAAUCCGGAUCCGUUCCAGUUAUGUAGACCCGAUUGUCGUGGGAACGGAUAACGGAAUAGUGUCAUAAAACAGUAUUACAUCUUUUCUUCUAGUUUCAUUUUUUUAUUUGUAUUCUAAGAAUGUUUGAUAUUGUGCAAGAAAUUGACUUGUAAAAACAAUUUUCGAAAAAACUGUUUUGAAACCGUUUAUUAAUAAGCAGUGUUCAGAAAAUACGUAGUCGAGAUGUGUACUUAUUAGUUAUAUGUAUGUAUGUAUAUAAUAUACAUUGAGAUGAGAAUUGCGAAUUUUUCUAUUAAACAAUUUUUGAUUAAAUAUAAAAUUUAAAAUUUUUUAUUCCAUUUUUGUGAGGAUUGAACUGAGGAUUUUUUGAUUAACCCAACAUUUUUUAAUUUAAUGUUUAUAUUCCGUGAUAUGUGAUAUCUAGACAAAAAAGUUUUUUUUUGAAUAUUUGAAGAAUUAACAAAAUGUCAGUGAAUUAAAAAAAGUGCACUUUUUGACUAUUGCUUUGAAGCUUAAAAAAUCUAAAGAAUCGAAAUAAAAAAUCAAAAACCCAUACCAAACAAA